ACAUGUCUUCGUCCUCAUCAUCAAUAAUCUUCACUCCCAAAACCCUUAUUCUCCUAAUCAAUACUCUUCUUCUUCUUCUUGUCCAGACAUGUCAUGGAGCCGCCAAUGACAACUCUCCUCUGUUCCAUUUCUGUUCCAACACUGGAAACUACACACCCUACACCCCCUACGAAUCAAACCUGAAAAUUCUCAUCAACUCACUCAUCUACAAAACCCCUUCAACGGGUUUUGGCCAAUUCCAGAACCAACAAGCCUACGGCCUCGCCCUCUGCCGCGGCGACGCCUCCGUUGGAGACUGCAAAACUUGUGUCACCGAUGCAGCCAAAGAACUCCGCAGUCUCUGUCCGUACAACAAAGGUGCCGUGAUAUGGUACGAUAACUGCGAGGUGAAGUACUCGGACACAGAUUUCUUUGGACAAGUUGAUAACACUAAUAGGUUCUAUUUGUUGAACGUGCAAAACGUGAGUGAUGCUGCAACAUUCAACUAUGUGGUUAAGGAGUUGUUGAGUUUGCUUGCUUCUAAGGCUUCUGAGGAUCCUAGACUGUAUGCUAGCGGAGACUUGAAGGUUGGAGAGUGUGAGAGAGUUUAUGGGUUGGCUCAGUGCACCAGAGACCUUUCUAGCGUUGACUGCAACAACUGCCUUCAUGACGCAAUUCACCAGCUUCCCAGUUGCUGCGAUGGCAAACAAGGUGGUAGAGUUGUUGGUGGAAGCUGCAACAUCAGAUAUGAGAUCUACCCAUUUCUCACUAAACCUUAGAAUGGUUACAUUGUAAGGAUCAAAUAAUGAAGAGUCAU